AGGUGGCGUUGCCUGGCUCGCUUGAGAGGAGUUGACCCAGCCCGUCAACAACUCCAUCGCCACGUCGUUGAUCGUAACAUCCUUCUUGCUUCCCGUGCUCUUAUUUUCGCCAGCUGCCAAAAUGGCCUUGCUGAAGUCGCUCGAUGCCUGCUUGCUGAGGCCAGUGCUUUUCCGAGGCGUUUGAGGAGGAGAGGAUAAUGGGGUCGUGGUGCUCCUCUCGGUACCAGGGCUGGUCCCUUGUGUUGCGACCCUGGCCCUUUUCCGUGGUGGCGUGCCGGGCAAGCUGGAAGAGAGAUCGAUGACCUCUUUCGGGUCAGGUUUGAUCUUCGGUUGCCCUUUCUUCAGCUGGAUACGAUGGCACUUUUCCUUCAAUUGCGCAACAAUAGACUUUUCUUGCGCUGCAUUGGCCUCCGCUUUCUCCAACUUGGUCUUCAGAUUCUUGGUCUCGUUGGCAUGCUUGAUCUUUUCUUUCUCGAGCUUGGCAACGUUCCCUUUCAACUUUUUCUCUGAAACCGUCAAAGCCUUGAUCUGCUUGUCCUUAUCCUUCGCUUCCGCCUGGAUGAUCUGAUGGGCCGCCGUCUUUUCCAACAGCUGCUGGCUGAUCGCUUCUUGAUCUGCUUCCAUUUCAGCGAUUCUUUCUUGAUGCUCUGCCGUCAAAUCUCCUGCGAUCAUAUCGCCGUACGCCUCUUUAUUCUCUUCCGCAUGUUCGAGUUCUUCCUGGAGAUCGCGGUUGCGUUCAAAGAGACCCAGAUCGUCGUGUAGUCGCUGCGAGACCGUCUUGAGCUCUGUUACGCAUGUCUUUAUAGUAUUAUCGGCUUGCUGCCCCUUCAUUUUUGUCAACAUCUUCUCCAGCUCCUUCUGUACAGUCUCAGCUUUAGGUUUGAAUUUCCUAGGCAAGCCAAAAUUGUCCUGCGCUGCCAUCGCCUCGGC